AGGCUAAAGAGGGCGGGCCCAGCCCCACUUCCUCUGUCUCCUCAUCUGGGCUUCCUGUCAUCACAGUGUGAUCACAUUUAUUCCCCCUUCACUUCUCCUUUUACACAAAUAGCCCCAACUUCCGUGUUACCAGCCUUGUCUCGGCACCUCAUUGAUAAUCACCAAUUCUGCCUAAAGGACUGAGGAAAAGAGCCUGCAAAAGGGCAAGAAUAUCUCAGCAUGGGCAUAAGUAGCUUGAAAUUGCUGAAGUAUGUCCUGUUUUUCUUCAAUUUGAUCUUCUGGCUCUGUGGCUGUUGCAUUUUGGGCUUUGGGAUCUACCUCCUGAUCCAUAACAACUUUGGAGUGCUCUUCCAUAACCUCCCCUCUCUCACGCUGGGCAAUGUGCUUGUCAUCGUGGGUUCCAUUAUCAUGGUGGUUGCCUUCCUGGGCUGCAUGGGAUCCAUCAAGGAGAAUAAGUGCCUGCUUAUGUCGUUCUUUGUCCUGCUGCUGAUUAUCCUCCUUGCUGAGGUGACCUUGGCCAUCCUGCUCUUCGUGUAUGAACAGAAGCUGAAUGACUAUGUGGCUGAGGGUCUGACUGACAGCAUCCAGCAAUAUUACUCAGACAACAGCACCAAGGCGGCAUGGGACUCCAUCCAGUCAUUUCUGCAAUGUUGUGGUGUAAAUGGCACAAGUGAUUGGAUGGGCAGCCCACCAGCAUCUUGCCCCUCAGACCCACAAGUUAAGGGUUGCUAUGUAAAAGCAAAACUGUGGUUUCACUCCAAUUUCCUGUAUAUCGGAAUCAUCACUAUCUGUGUAUGUGUAAUCCAGGUAUUGGGGAUGUCCUUUGCACUGACGUUGAACUGCCAGAUUGACAAAACCAGCCAGGUCCUAGGAUUAUGACCUGUGGCUGCCUUGUGCUGGAAAGACUUGUUUCAUCACUGGAAAUCCAAAACCACUUGUAACAUGAAGCUCUAAAUGACCAACUCCUGAACUGGUGUUUGUCCCCCUCCCACCUCUUCCCUGUUGAGUCCCUGUCUCAUACAACCAGAGAAGAGGGUGUUGGUCAGGCACUUCCCAUCUCAGAUAGCAAGACAAUCCUUUAUCAUUCAUGGCAGCAGCCUUGUCACUCAUUAAUAACUGAACAUUUUUCAGACAUGAAAGUCCAAGAGAACCUGUGGUACUAAUGGCUCAAGAUCAAAGGAUGGGUCUGCAGCUUGAGUUUUUGCAUCUUCCCAUUGUCAAACAAGUCUCUGGCCUCUAAAUCAUGCCCAGUCCACUCUCCAAAGUCAACGAAGAGAUAAGCUUAAGGGAGCUCUGGGGCCAGGUUCAUUGGAUCAUUGUCACAAUCCUCUGUUUCCUUUUGACUGGGGGCCUUGGCUACAGGAAUGACAGAGUACCCUUUCUCCAAAGGUUAGGUUUCAUUUCAAUUUCUUUAUUAAAGGGUCUUAUUGAUUCAUCUAAGUCUUUCCAAAAUAAACUAUCCAAUGACUCACACCCUGAUUUCAGCCAAUCUCUUAGCCUUUGAUUUACAUAACUAUGAAGGAAUUCAGCAGGAUAGGUAUUUCUGGUGGUUUAGGUAAUAAUUACAUUCAAAAGAGUUCUGGUGUUAUUUCUCUUUCAGAUAAGGUUUUGUUAAUGUACUGUUUUAAUUCUUCAAUAAAUAAAAUAGCUUAUGCUCUGUCAA